AUGUUUUAUUCUGUACAAUCUGAGUUGGUUGAACGUUUUUUUGGUUUUUAUGAUGUCAGCGAAGACCAUACUUCUGAAGGUUUAUUUAAUUUAAUCACUUCCCUUUUCCAAGAGUUUAGUAUUGAAAAAAAGUUGGUUGGUAAAUGCUAUGAUGGUGCUAGUGUAAUGGCUGGGCAUUUAAAUGGUUUACAAUCUCGAAUAAAAGAAAUUGCACCAAAUGCAUUAUUUACUCAUUGUUUUGCACAUAAAUUAAAUUUAGUUUUGCAACAUGGAUGUAAUAGUAACAAGAUAUGUCGCAUAUUUUUUGCAAAUUUAACUGGAAUAUCUGCUUUUUUUCACAAUUCAACAUCCCGUACUAAUGUAGUUGACAGUAUUAUAGGUAAACGCAUUCCUCAGUUUGUACAGACAAGGUGGGCAUCUAGAUCAAAAAUUUUGCAUUUAUUAGUUAAUGAGUGGAUUAACUUUAAAGCAGUUUUUGAAGCUAUAAUAAAUGAUGCUAAGUCAUCAGCUAAUUCUAUUUGUGGAUCAGUUGGACAUUUAAAAAAUCUUAAAUCUUUUGAAUUUGCAUUUUUAGCACACAUAUUUAGUGGUAUAUUUUUAAUUACAGAUAACUUAUUUAACACAUUGCAAAACAAAUCAUUUGACAUAGAAUAUUGUUUAAGGAAAAUAAGUAUUGUAUGUGAUCUUAUAAAAAACAGAAGAAACGAAACAGAAUUUUUAAAAAUAUUUAAUAAUGCAGUUACUUUAACUAAAUUGCCCAAACCUUCUAGAAACAAUGCCAAUAUGGAAUCAAGUUAUAGAAUUUUAUUUUAUGAAAUUAUAGAUAGUAUUUUAAUGCAGUUAAAUGUUAGAUUUAAUGAUACUGAUAGAUUAAUAUUUUUACAAUUAGCUGACGUUUCAAAAUUUAAAGAUUAUUGUGGUAUAUUCCCCACCUGUGCUUUAAAUAAUCUUAUUAAAACCUAUUCUAAUAUUUUUCAUAAUGUGGACAAAUUAAAAGUAGAAUUAGAAGUGUUGUAUAACAACGUAAAUUAUCAUAACCUACCACACAUUUAUGAUAUGAUCAAGAUUUUUGAAAAAGAUGGCUUAAAGGAAAUUAUGCCUGAAGUAUAUAAGUUAUUUUCAUUAAUUUUAACCAUUCCAUCCACUAGUGUUUCUGUCGAAAGAAGUUUUUCUUGUCUGAAACGUAUUAAGACUUAUUUAAGAAACAGUACAUCUCAACAGCGUUUAAGUUCUUUGUCUACAAUAUCCAUUGAAAAAUUAUUAAUCCAACAGCUCAAAGAAAAUGAACCAUUUUUUGAAGACAUUAUUAAUAUAUAUGCCAGUAAAAAAGAUAGAACUAUUGAAUUAAUAUAUAAAUUAUAA